UCUUCCUGUUUUCUCUUUCCACUAGCACAGUCCUUCUCUGCUUUUCCUCAGAAACGAAACUCACAGGAUUAUUCUCCUGCAAGAUCAGACACGGCACAUGGCCUCGUUCGCUCCCAUCUACAAUCCAAGUGUCCCCUUCGAGAGUGCAAUCCUCGGGGGGAUUACAGAAGGCAAGAGGGUGACAAUCCAAGGACAAGCCCACGGCUAUGCCAAACAGUUUGCCAUCAACUUCGUCUGCUACAACAAUGAUAUUGCAUUUCACUUUAACCCCCGAUUUAACGAGGGAAAUGUCAUUGUAUGCAACACAAUGCAACAUAAGAACUGGGGCUCCGAGGAGAGAAGGCAUAAUAUGCCAUUCCAGCGGAACACCUACUUUGACAUAGCUAUCCAGGUGCUGGGACAUGCAUUUCAGGUCACUGUAAAUGGGCAACACCUCCUGGAAUAUCGUCAUCGUGUCUCCUAUCAAACCAUCCAGUCCCUUCAAGUCAAUGGUGACCUCAAUCUUAACUGUGUCACCUUUUAUCCAUCUGUAAGUACCUUGUGUUAA